AUGUCCGACAACCAGGUCAAGCCCGAAGCCACCCCGGUUGAGCCCGUCGCGGACAAGGCUCCCGAGGUCACCGAGGCCUCUGCUCAGGCCGAGGAGGAGCAGCAGCCGCAGCAGCCGCAGCUGCCGCCCGUUGCCGUCAAUCUGCCGAACCCGAAGAAUGCACGCACCCUGCCCAAGCCGCAGGACGGCGAGUCGUUCUCCAAGCUCAGCCUCUACUCGCAACCAUCUGAGACGGUCCAGGAGAUCAAGCUCGCCGUAAGCGAGUGGGUCGGCGGUUAUUGGCUUGGACCCCAUUCGCUCCGCCUUCCUGGCAAGGGUGACGACGUGCUCUCGACGUCCAAGGACGGCAUCGAGAUCCGCGCCGGCGACAAGCUCAGCGAGUUUAUCGACCUCGCAGACGUCUUUGCCCACCUCCCCGAGGACGGCGACCGUGUCCUCGAUGUCGUGAACGAGCCCUAUUCCGAGUCGACUGCUCGUCAGGCUGUCGUCCGUCUCCUCGAGUUCAUCGAGCCCGCAGGCACGACAGCUAACAACCUCACCACGCCGCUCGGUGUCGGUGCCGGUGCUUCGAUCUUUGAAGAGGUUCGCUCCGGCUCGCUCUACGUCCGCGAGUCGCCCAAUGACGCUGUUGCCAAGGUUGAGCCCAAGGAGGACGCCAAGGACGCCAAGGAGGACGAGGUUAUCGAGCACGCAUUCUCAGACUGGACUGCCGGCUCGGCCGGAUUCCCGCUCUCCAAGCUCCCUGUCGCUCAGGCCCCUGUCGAGAUCAACGCGUGCCUCCGCUCCAUCCAGCUCUCCCACUUCAACCCUCCCCCGGCGCCUCUCCGCCAGAAGGGCCACCAGCUCUACCUCCAGGUCUCGAUCCUCGAGGGCGAUGUUUACACCCUCGUGUGCUCCACUCGCGGGUGGUACGUCUCCAAGUCGAACGUCAACAACUUUGACCCCGCCCCGCGCGAUGGCUCGUCCCCAACCCACAGCCUGUUCGACCUCCUCCACUCCCUUUCGCCCCUCUUCACCGAGCGUCUCUUUGCGCUCCCAUCGCUCUCAUCGACCGCUCCUGCCCGUGACCCCCUCUCGACUGUCGCGAUUCCCCAGGCUGAGCCCGCGUACCCUUGGAUUAUCGCCGAGCCCAAGCCCGCGACCGGGCCGGAGAUCCUGCGCACCCAGCUCGCGUAUCUCCACUCGGGCGCGACCUCGGCGGAGGGCCUCGACAACGCACGCGACUGGAACGAGGAGAUCCAGGGCGUGAAGGAGCUGCCCCACUCGACCAUGCCUGAGCGCGUGUUCCGUGAGCGCAUGGCGCAGAAGACCUGGGCCGAGUUCACUCAGGCCUCGAUCCGCGCGGCGAUGAACGUUGCCCGUGGCGACGUCCUUCCUCUCAACCCCAACGAGCCUACCCGUCAGCACAUGUGGCUUGUCUCGAACAUCUUUGUCACCAAGGCCGUUGACUCGAUCGGCGCGUACUCGCACGUCGGUGGUGACGCCGCCGCGCACGUCUCGCACGCCAAGGACGCUGAGGGUGUUCGCCUUCUUAACCGCCUCGACGUCGACGGCGCCAACGUCCUCGGCCACACUGUUGUCGACUGGCAGGGUGACCGCUGGAUCUGCCAGAGUGUGCUUCCUGGCAUCUUCUCGCGCCGCGAGCCCGAGGCCGAGGAGGCCGCUGAGCCCAAGGACGAUGAGAAGAAGGAAGACUGGGUCAAGGUUGAGGGCGACAAGGAAGAGGAGGCCGCACUCAACCCCCUCAUUAUCUACGGCGCCGACUCGGAGCAGACCACCACCCUUCACUGGGACGAGGCAACCCACAACGUGAUGAAGAAGAUCGCUGCUCACCAGCGCCUCGCGCCCCACACGCUCAAGGCCGGUGACAAGGAGUACGAGUUUUAUGCGUCGUCGGAGGUCAAGGGUCUUCGCGGCUCGGACGGCCGCCGUUACUUCCUCGACCUCCCCCGUCUCAGCCCCGUCGACAUUGAGUGGCUCGAGAACAACUACGAGGGCAAGCUUGUUGGCCCCGGCGGUGAGCAGGUUGACGCUCCCGUCUACCCCCACCGCAUGACGCUCCUUCGCCCCGAGCUCAUUGAGAUCUUCUGGGAGAGUGAGCUCAAGCUCUGGGCCCGCGAUAUCACCGCCAAGAAGCAGGCCGAGGAGGCGGAGAAGGCCAAGGCCGAGAGUGAGAAGACCGAGGCCAAGGAGAGUGAGGAGACCUUGGAGGAGGACAAGAAGGAUGAGGGGAAGAAGGAGAUUGACCCGGAGACCAUCGCCACUCUCAAGGACUUUGAGCUCCGUUUCAACCCUGACGCUUUCGUCGACUCGCCUUCCGAGGACGGCCAGACCUUUGGUCCGGCCAAGUACACCGACGAGAGCGAUCUCAGCAUCAAGUCGGUCCGCGACGCGUCCAAGUUCCUCCGCGACAUGAUUGUCCCCGCCAUCGUCGUUGACGUCCUUACUGGCUCGGCUUCGGGCAUCAUGGACGGCGCGUCGCUCACCCGCGUCAUGCACGCCCGCGGCAUCAACAUGCGUUACCUCGGUAUCUUUGCGGCUGCCAUUGACAACUUCACCAAGAAGCCCGAGGGCGAGUCCAAGGAGGCACAGGGUCUCCUGGGUGCGCUCCGCUCUGUCGUUAUCCAGGAGAUGGUCUUCCGUGGCGCCAAGCAUGUCCUUCGCGACCUCGUCCGCGGCCUCCUCCCCGAGCAGGUCCCGAACGCCGUGUCGCACUUCCUGAACUGCCUCAUUGGCACCGACUACAACGCCUCGCCCAAGGCCGUCUACGAGGAGCUCGAGGUCGGCCCGUCGGCUGAGCCCGCGUACGUCUCGCUCACUCCCGAGUCGCUCCGCGAGCAGAUUGCCUCCGAGGUCGAGACUCGCUUCCGCUGGAAGCUCGACGAGGCAGACUUCGCCGUCCGCAAGCCUCAGCUCCUUCGCGAGCUUGCGUCCCGCUUCGCGUUCCAGAUCGUCCAGCGUGACUAUGCGUUCGACUCGUCCGCGGAGGCCGCCGCCGUUGUUAACGGGGACGCUGACAAGGCCGCGUCCAAGAAGAAGAAGGGCAAGACCGCCGGCUCCACGAAGCGCACCACUACCUUUGAGCCCGCCGACAUCCUCACCCUCCUCCCCGUCGUCAUGUCGACGGCGCCCAGCGUCGCCGUCGCCGAGGAGAUCUUCGAUGCCGGCCGUGCGACCAUCAACCGUGGUGACAUUGACAUGGGCCUAGAGUUUAUGCUUGAAGGUGUCCAGCUGUACGAGUCGAUCCACAGUGUCAUUCACCCUGAGGUUGCCGCAGUGUACCACCAGUACGCCAGCACGCUGCACCAGCUCGCGCGCAUCAAGAUCCAGCAGAUCGCGGCGGCCGAGAACGCCGACCCCGAACAGCCCCUGGGUCUCGACAUUUCCACGGCGCUCAAGCUCCAGCGCCAUGCCGUGCUCAUCGCUGAGCGCACCCUCGGCGUCUACCACCAUGACACGCUCGCGUACUACUUCCAACUCGCGAUGCUCGAGAACCUCGAGGGCAACUCGCAGGCCGCGCUCCGCUACUUCCGCCACAUCCUCAUGCUUUGGAACGUCAUCUACGGCGAUGACCACCCCGAGAUCAACACGCUCCUCAGUAACGCGGGUAUUGUGCUCCAGUCGCUCAACCAGCACCAGCUCUCGAUCCAGCUGUUGCAGCAGGCGGCUGAGCGCAACGCUGCUCAGUUUGGCGAGAAGCACGUCCAGUACGGCAACGCCCUCCACCAGCUCACCCAGGCGCACUUCCUGGGCGGCGACUUCCAGAAGGCGCUCGAGAGCUCUGAGGGUGCGUUCGCCAUCUUCAAGGACGUGUACGGCGAGGAGCACGCGCAGACCAAGGAGGUUGCCAAGAACGUCGAGCUCCUCAAGGCUGUGAUCGACAACGUCGAGCGCCAGAAGCAGGAGCAGGAGUUGUUGCGCCAGCAGCAGGUGAACCGUCUGCAGGCCGCGCAGCGCGGCGUUCCCCCUCCCACUGCGGGCGCGCGCAAGGGCCGUGUCCUGCCCACCGGGACGACUCUGACUGCUGAGCAGGCCGCGCAGCUCGCCGCGUCGGUGCGUGCUGCUGCGGCCAAGCAGGCCGAGGAGCGCCGCGAGAGCGGCGAGGUUGCUGCCGAGGGUGAGGGCGGCAUCAAGAUUGGCGAACGUGGGCACAUGGACGUCGACGAGCUCGUCAAGUACAUCCAGGGUGCGGUGCCGUCCAGCAAGCCAGCACGCGGGUCCAAGAACACCCUCCGCGGCAAGCGCCGCACCGGUGCCAAGCGGUAA